AGCGCAUCUGGCGAGCGCACGGAGGAUGACGACCGCGGCGCGGUCGUUCGCGGUCGCCCGCGCGGGCGCACGCGCGACCGUGUCCGCGAGCCGGCGCGUCGCGGCGGCCUCGAACCCGCGCGCGGCGCGGGAGCACGCCGCGCGCGUCCUCGGAAUCGCGUCGACGAAAAGCGCGCGCGAGCGCGGCGCUCCUCGGCGCGCGUCCGCGCGCGCGCGCGCCUCCUCGGACGACGACGACGACGCGCAGACCGAAGCGGAGAAGCAGCGCCUCGCGCAGGGGGAGUUCGAGCGGCUGCGGAGCCUCCCCCUCGCGGACGAGGGCGCGAGAGAGAAGCUCGAGUCCGUGCAGGGCGUCGAGGGCGUCCCGCAAGCCAUCAUCGAGGCGGAGCGCAAGUCGAAACCCUUGCGACGGUACCGGCUCGCGUCGUACGCGCUCGCGUCGUGCGUCGCCGCCGCGCAGAUGGUCGCGGUCAUCCAGGCUGGCGUGGAAGCGUGGCCGGAGUGGCAGAGCGAGGCCCCGGUGAAGAUAUUCAUGGACGUCGUCGUCAUCAUGUCCGGGUCGCUGCUGUGGCGCGUCGAGCUGCAGAAUCGCGCGGAGAGUCUGAAGGCGAUCUGGAAGAAGGCGGCGUUUCGCGAGGAGAGCCUCACGAGAGCGGAGGCGGGGUUGGGCGACACGCUGUGGACGUCGCGGAUGCGGAAGCGGCAGAAAGGCGACACCGCCUCGCCGAAAUCCGCCGACCCCGCGCCGAAAGGAGACGACCAGGACGGCGCGCGCUCCCCGCGCUCCCCGCGUCGACGGCCCCUCGCGGGGCUCCGCCGCGGGCUGCCGCCGGGACCGGUCUCGCCGUCGUCGCUGUCGCUGCGCUCGAACGUGUCGUCCGCCGCGUACGGGUCGUCCGAGAGCUCCUCCGCCGCGGUGAGGAUCUCCUCCGCUGCGUCGACGCCGAUGACCCGCUCCAACGUCCUCACCGCCUCGCGCGCCAACGCCGCGCCCGCGUCGUUCGGCGUCCCGUCCUUCCGGGAACGUCGUCCCGGCAGCACGUGCUGGACGAGGACGCCCAAGAACACGAUGCACCGCUGCACGAGCUCGGUGGGCUCUUCCUCGCCGCCCUCGACGGCGAGCCACGGGACGAGGCGCUCGGCGACGACGCGGAGGCCGCCGCGCGCGACGAAAUCGCGUUGCCGCGUCUCGCCGUCCGCGAGGAGCGCGAGCAACGCCUCGAGGGCUUCGCACUGGAUCUCUUCCUGCGACGGCUGCCCGAACUCUGCGUUCGGGUCGGCGCACGUCCACCCGACCUGCAUGUUCUUCGGGGUCUCGCCGUCUUUCGGAGGGCCGUCCGGAUACCGUAUCAUGAACGGCGGCUCCCUCUUCUUUUUCUUCUUCUUCUUCUUCUUCUUCUUCUUCGUCUUCUCCGAAGCCUCGCCGUCGCCGUCGCCGUCGCCGUCGCCGUCUGCCUCCUCCUCCUCCUCGUCGUCGUCGUCCUCCUCCUUCUUGCCGUCGCCCCCGUUACCCGCCCACCCUCCGGUGUCGUUCCACCGCUUCAGCUCGCGCGCGAUCGCCCCCGCGGUCGUCCCGGGGUCAGGGUCCGGGACGCCGUCGACGAGACACCGCAACAGCGCCUCCACGGCGCCGUGCUCGCCCGCGUCGUUUUUACUCCGCGGCGCCCAUAUCCAGAUGCCACGUAGUAACCGCAGCGCCGCGAGCGUUUCCGCCCGCGUCGGCGGGUCCGCCAGCUCGUCGUUCGCGUACUUCACCGGGUCCUGUCGAUUUUUUUGCUUCUCCGCGAUGGCCCUCGCGCGAAAGGUGACGUCCAACACGUUUCGCACGUGGUCCGCGUCCGUGGUCGCGAUCAUCUCGCGAAAGAUGUCCACGAGCCGCUCGUGA